CAAAAGUUGUUAAAUUUUGCUGUGCACAUUUAUGCCAUACUGCGCCAGACUCCAGACUGCGCGUCAAAAUAGCGGGAUUCAAUUUAGUGGCGUAGAAAAUUGCGAUUCUGCCAAACAAACUAAAAUUUCACAGAAACAUGAAUCGAAACUUCCCCAACAUUGUUUGGGCCAAUGAGACUCUAUACCGUAUACAAGACCACCUCGAGAGGAACCCCUACGAUCUUGACUUAUGGGCCAUUCUACUUGAUGAGGCUGCAGGAAAACGUAUUUCAGAAGUACGACCUCUUUACGAGCAUUUAAUUACUAUUUUUCCAGGUGCAUCCAAAUAUUGGAAGUUUUAUAUUGAACAAGAGAUUAAAGCCGAAAAUUUCGAGAGAGCGGAAAAGCUAUUCAAGAGAUGUCUUUUAAAUAUUUUGAACCUCGACUUGUGGAAGAUGUAUUUGACCUACAUUAAAGAGACUAAGAGGUCCUUGCCAAAUUACCCAGAAAUAAUGUGCCAAGCCUACGAUUUCGCUCUCCACAAAAUCGGCAUAGACAUAAAUUCUUUCAGUAUCUGGAACGAUUACAUAAAUUUCAUAAAAGGCGUCGAGGCUGUGGGUUGGUACGCAAAAAAACAGAAACUCGCCUCCCUAAGGUCACUCUACCAGCGAGGUAUUAAAACUCCAAUAACUGGCAUAGAUAGCUUGUGGAAAGAUUACUUAGAGCUUGAACAUAGGCAAGACCCGAUUCAUGCUGAAAAAACGCGCUUGGAAUUUUGCAAGAGCUAUGCAAGGCCUAGACAUGUAGCCAACAUGUUUGCAGAAAAAAUGAAAGGGAUCAAUAAGAAUGCUCAAAGUGUACCACCAAAUGGAAGCCCUCGAGAAAGGAAACAAGUCGAAUUAUGGUGGAAAUAUAUUGGAUGGGAAAUAGGUAAUCCCUUGCGGACAGAAGAUACUGCAUUGUAUACGAAGAGAGUUCAUUUUGCAUUUGAGCAAUGUUUGCUUUGUAUGGGCCAUCAUCCGGAUGUUUGGUUACGAGCUGCGCGACAUUUGGAAUUCAGCAGCAAAAUUUUGGUUGAGAAAGGGGACCUGAAUGCUUCAAAUGUCGUCAACGAACAAGUGGCACACAUUUUCGGGAGAGCAAUCGCAAUUUUGAACCGUAACAUGUUCCUAUACUUUGCUUACGCAGACUUCGAAGAAGGGCGUCUGAAAUACGAAAAAGUUCAUGAAAUUUAUUCAAAAUAUUUGGAUAUUCCAGGCAUUCAUCCUACACUGGCCUACAUUCAAUAUAUGAAGUUUGCCAGAAGAGCUGAAGGCCUUGAAUCGGCUAGAAAGGUGUUUAAAAGGGCCAGAGAUGAUCCUAGAUCUCAAUAUCAUAUUUUUGUUUAUGCCGCUCUGAUGGAAUGGCAUUAUUCGACGGAUAAAAAUACUGCAUUCAGGACUUUAGAAUUGGGUUUUAAAAAAUUCGGCGGCAUUCCUGAAUACGUCACUUCCUAUAUUGAUUAUUUGUCUCAUUUAAAUGAAAAUAACAACACCAGACAAUUGUUUGAAAAAAUCUUAUCGUCAGGGAGGCUUGGAAAUGAAAAUUCCAUCGAUAUUUGGAAUAAAUUUUUAGAAUUUGAAUCCAAUGUAGGUGAUUUGCCUUCCAUAGUUGAAGUUAAAAAAAGACGAGUGGAGGUAUUGUCCAAAAUCAAAAAAGUUGAAGGCAAGGCGACUGCCCAAUUGGUGGACAAAUACAGAUUUUUGGAUUUGUACCCCGGUACCCCGAAAGAAUUGGAAAAUAUCGGAUAUUCCGAGGUUAUUAACGUUACAGGAGUGUCAGGAAUGAAUACUUUUCUUGGUUCUAUAAUUGAUCAAGCCAAACAGAUACCUCUACCAAAACCCGAUUACGGUCAAAUGAUUCCCUAUAAGCCAAAGAAAAAUGCUUUACCUGGUGACCAUCCAGUGCCUGGUGGAUCAUUCCCAUUGCCUCCAUUAGCUGCUGAUCUAUGCAAACUUUUGCCACCCCCAGAUUGUUUCCAAGGUCCCUUUGUACAUGUUGAUAAGUUAAUGGACAUUUUCAACAGACUCCAUUUGCCAGAGAAAGCUCCUACCACCACAGAAAAUGGAUUCAUGCGGUUUUUUGCCAUUGCCAAAUCGGGUAUAAGGUUGGAUGAAUCCGAUUGUAGAGAUUUGCGUUUGCCUCCAAAAAAUGAUAUUUAUCGGAAGAGGCAACGAAAAAACUAAGAUUUUAGAUUUAUUAAUGAUUAUUUUAGUUAUGUAUUAUAUAAUAGAUAUUUGCGUUUGCCUCCAAAAAAUAUAUUUAUCGGAAGAGGCAACAAAAAAACUAAGACUUUAGAUUUAUAAAUGAUUAUUUUAGUUAUGUAUUAUAUAAUUAUGGUUUGCUUAGAACGAAUCUUCUUCGAAUGAAGAAGAGGCUACUUCUUGAUUUGAUUUGAUAAAUAAAGAAAAUAAUAUUUAUUUUUUUCAUUUAAUAAUCUGCAUAAUUUAUCAUCUCACUAUUGCUGAAUUCCUUCCAAAAUAUAUCUCAACAAAUGCCUCAAACACUUCCAUAACACUUCUUUUUUUUUUAUACAUCAAUUUUAGACUCUCUGGGUUUUUCUUUUUAAUUAUAAUUUUUUUUUUGUAUUUUUGUUCUCAUCGCCUUUCUUUGCCAAGGUAGCAUCAUCGCUCAGAACAUUUCCUUUAGAUGGCAAUUGUAAUUUUUCAAGAACCAGUUGCCUUUUUGCAGACUUCCGCAAAGCUGCUUUUUUAGGACUUUAGUUGAGGAUGGUAUUUAAGAAACCAAAUUUUG